AUGCAGUGCUAUACAGAGCUUCUUCCCCCAACUGGGGUCACUCAUGCCCUGGCAGCGCCUUUUAUUUCAGCAACAGCCAACAACUUGAUUGUUGUCAGAACGUCUCUUUUGCAGGUGUUUUCGCUAAUCAAGUCUUCUCCUCAGCCACAGGAAGAUGGAUCAGAUAACCAGGUCUCGCAAUUCUCUCAGCCAGAGACAAAGCUAGUCCUGGAGAAAGAAUACCAGCUGUCCGGAACAGUGACUGAUUUGAGCCGAGUCAAAAUUUUGAACACGAAGAGUGGCGGAGAAGCCAUUCUGAUUGCAGUUCGGAACGCCAAACUUAGCUUGAUCGAGUGGGACCCAGAGCGUUAUGGGAUCUCAACUAUCUCCAUUCAUUACUACGAGCGGGACGACAUGACCCGCAGCCCCUGGGUGCCUGACCUGAGCCAGUGUGGGAGUAUUUUGAGUGUGGACCCCAGCAGCAGAUGCGCGGUGUAUAAUUUCGGAAUUCGCAACCUUGCGAUUCUGCCUUUUCAUCAGGCGGGUGACGACCUGGUGAUGGAUGACUAUGAUCCGGAGCUUGAUGGAGAGCGCCCAAGCCCUGGCUCAGAAGUUGAGAAAAGCAAAGAUGAACCAGCACAUCAAACACCCUAUGCCUCAUCCUUUGUCUUGCCAUUGACCGCUUUGGACCCUUCAUUGCUGCAUCCCAUAAGUCUUGCAUUCCUUUAUGAAUACAGAGAGCCAACUUUUGGAAUUUUGUAUUCACAAGUCGCAACCUCUACUGCCCUUCUUCACGAGAGAAAAGACGUGGUAUUUUAUGCUGUCUUCACACUAGACCUUGAACAGCGAGCAUCUACAACCCUUCUUUCAGUGUCUCGUCUCCCGAGUGAUCUGUUCAAGGUUGUGCCACUGCCACUCCCGGUGGGAGGUGCCUUGCUUCUUGGCUCCAAUGAGAUCGUGCAUGUAGAUCAAGCUGGCAAGACCAAUGCGGUGGGAGUCAAUGAAUUCUCUAGGCAAGUCUCUGCAUUCUCAAUGACAGAUCAAUCUGAUUUGUCGUUCCGUCUCGAAGGCUGUGUUGUUGAGAGACUUGGUGGAGAUAGCGGCGACCUGGUCCUGGCUCUUGCGUCUGGAGAUAUGGCGCUUAUCAAAUUCAAGCUUGACGGAAGAUCUGUUUCUGGCAUCACUGUUCAUCGCCUUCCUUCGAAUGCGGGUGGUGAUAUCCUGAAGUCGGCAGCAUCAUGUUCUACUUGUUUUGGUGAUGGGAACGUUUUCCUUGGCAGCGAAGGUGCAGACUCGGUACUCUUGGAAUGGUCUCAUUCAUCAGCUUCAACAAAGAAAGCCCGGAUUGGGUCGAGGCAGGUGGAUGGUGCCGAUGAACUUUCGGAGGAUGACCAGAUGGAAGACGACAUCUACGACGAUGAUCUCUAUUCCUCGGCACCGGGACCUGCACAGGGCGAUCAUCGGAUGGGAACCGACAGUUCGACACAAUAUUACAACUUCCGAUUGAAUGAUCGUCUGUUGAACAUUGGGCCCCUGAGAGAUAUAACAUUGGGUAAAGCCAUACUACCCGGAACGACAAAAGAUCAACCGACUAGCGAAGCUGUUUCCGCCGAGCUUGAGUUAGUAGCCGCGCAAGGCUCAGACCGAGGCGGUGGCCUGGUAGUAAUUAAGCGUGAAAUCGACCCCUUGACUACAAUGUCUCUCAAACUUGAUGAUGUGAAUGGUGUUUGGUCGGCCAUGGUUGCUCCCGGGAAAAGUGGAUUGUCCAGCAGUACCGAUAGCCCACCUCGCCAAUACGUGGUCAUUUCACGGUCCACGGAAUCAGACCAGGAAGUGAACGAGGUUUUCUCAGUAGGAGAUCAUGGCUUAGAGCCUUUCAAAGCCUCCGAGUUCAACCCCAAUGAAGACUGCACGAUUGACAUCGGUUCUUUGGCACAUGAUACUCGCCUUGUCCAAGUUCUGCGGAACGAGGUCAGAAGUUAUGACAUGGAUCUGGGAUUGUCGCAAAUUUACCCUGUUUGGGACGAAGAUACCAGCGAGGAGCGUGUGGCCGUGAGCGCGAGCUUUAUUGACCCUUACCUUGUGAUUCUUUGUGAUGAUUCAUCUGUCUUGCUUCUGCAGGCGGACAGCAGUGGAGAUCUCGAUGAAGUUUCGCUUCCAGAAGAGAUCAACACAUCGAAAUGGCGCUCCAGCUGUCUCUACCACGACAAGUCCCAAUCAUUCAGUCCUGCAGAUUGCACGCCCGACAACGCCACAAAAGAUGAGACACUUCUUUUCUUGCUCAGCCUGGAUUGCAAGUUAUCAAUCUUCCGAGUGUCUGACAUGAAGCUCUUUGCUGUCAUUGAAGGCGUCAACUGCUUACCACCUGUGCUAUCGUCUGAGCCUCCUCGGCGGUCAAAUAAUCGGGAAACCCUAACCGAAUUUGUUGUCGCAAAUCUUGGCGACCGGACCAGCGCUUCGCCUUAUCUGAUUGUUCGAACAGACAACGAUGAUCUCAUCUUCUACAGACCGAUGUUAAUGCCAUCAAAUACUGAUAAUGAAUCGUUCCGUUGCUUGCAAUUCUUCCGGGAGGCAAACCACGUUCUCCCGAAGAACUUUCCAGGAGAGACUUCACAAAUGGAGGAUCAACGACAAAAUAGACCGUUGCGUGUCUUACCUGAUAUCUCAGGAUUCAGCACAGUUUUCAUGCCAGGAGCUUCAUCUAGCUUCGUUUUCAAGACGGCGAAGAGCUCACCACACAUAUUACGUCUUCGGGGAGGCUUCACCUGUUGGCUGAGCAGCUUUGAUUCAGCUGACGCCGGCUGUGAAAAGGGUUUCAUCUAUGCGGACUCGCAGAACUGCGUCCGAGCUUGUCAACUGCCCCCACAAACGCAAUUCGACUAUUCGUGGACGUUGCGCAAGGUUGCCCUUGAGGAACAGGUUGAUCACCUGGCCUAUUCUACGUCUUCUGAAACAUACGUAUUUGCUUCAAGUCAACCCGCAGACUUUAAAUUGCCAGAGGCUGAUGAUUUGCACCCCGAAUGGCGAAAUGAAGAGAUAUCUUUCUACCCGGAGAUUCCUCGGGGCAGCAUCAAGGUCAUCAGCCCAAAAACAUGGUCUAUCAUUGACAGUUACCAGCUAGAUCCCGAUGAGCAGGUGACAGCAGUGAAAAAUGUGAACAUCGAGAUCUCAGAGAAUACCCACGAACGCAAGGAUCUAAUUGUUGUUGGAACUGCUAUUGCCAAGGGCGAAGACAUGCCAGCCCGCGGCAGCAUCUAUGUAUUUGAGGUGGUGAACGUGGUCCCAGACCCCGAGAAGCCCGAAACCGGCCGCAAACUAAAGCUAGUCGGCAAGGAGUCAGUGAAGGGCGCCGUGACAGCGCUAUCCGGAAUUGGCGGCCAAGGUUUCGUGAUCGUGGCCCAGGGACAAAAGUGCAUGGUCCGCGGUCUCAAAGAAGACGGCAGCCUUCUCCCCGUGGCAUUCAUGGACAUGCAAUGCUAUGUCAGUGUUGCAAAGGAACUCAAGGGCACCGGAAUGGUUUUGCUAGGCGAUGCCGUGAAAGGACUCUGGUUCGCCGGCUACUCAGAGGAGCCUUACAAGAUGUCACUCUUCGGCAAAGACCCUGAAUACCUGGAAGUGGUAGCAGCAGACUUCCUUCCAGAUGGAAACAAGCUCUACAUGCUAGUUGCAGACAGCGACUGCAGUCUCCACGUCUUACAAUACGACCCAGAAGAUCCCAAAUCUUCGAAUGGCGACCGACUGCUCAGUCGAAGCAAGUUCUAUGCGGGCAAUUACGCCACAUCAGUGACCCUGAUGCCACGCACAGCGGUGUCAUCCGAGCUCAUUGAAUCCUCCGAGGAAGACAUGGACAUCGAUCAGACCUUUCCAACCCAUCAGGCCCUGAUCGCAUCUCACAACGGAUCCCUGGCACUAGUAACAUCCGUCGUGGAGGAAUCCUACCGCCGUCUAUCGGCACUACAGUCCCAGCUCAUCAACACCAUUGAACACCCAGCUGGACUGAACGCUCGUGCCUUCCGCGCUGUCGAGAGUGACGGUGCUGCAGGCCGAGGUAUGGUUGACGGAAAUCUUCUGCGCCUCUGGCUCAACAUGGGCAAGCAACGCCAAGUUGAAAUUGCGGGACGGGUCGGCGCCACGGAGUGGGAGAUUCGGGCCGAUCUGGAGACUAUUGGCGGAGAUGGCUUCGGAUAUCUGUGA